AUGGCUGUAUGGAACUGGAUUUUGCACGUUUGGAAAUAUUUGUCGAUCGGAUUCGAUACUGUACGGCAAAAGUGUGCGAAAAUAUCAUGGAGUUCGGUAUUUUAUCCGAAAUCGGAAACCAAAAAAGAAACGCUUGGAGAAUAUUUACGAAACAAAAUCUAUGGGGACGGAAAUUGUGAUUUACACGAUAUUUUACGUGAACACAGUAAAACAAGUUUGUCUCACCGGCAUUUAAAAGUUAAUGAACGUCGCCGAAUUAUCGAAAUCACUGAACGAUUCCACAAAAAUCUGAAAAAAUUGGAAAUAGGUUCCAGUAUAGUCGGUUACUUACAAAUUAUUGAUGACACAUUUUUCAAAAACCUUCCGAAAGAUCCCGUUUGGACUAGAAUUCAAAAAGCAUUCGAAGAAGCUCGUCGAAAAGACGAUGUAAAACUUGUUAUUUAUGCUUAUACCUUGUCACAAAUGUUUACAACGUGCUUAAACGCUCAUUUCGCUGCAAAUGCACAUCAUUUCCUCCAACUGUAUUGUACAGUUCAGAAUUGUCCAAUUUUAAGUCGAACACAAGAAUAUAUCGAUGCUUUCAGUAUUAUUUUGACUCACCCUGACUUAGAUCCAUAUGUAAUUACUAAUAUAACAGUUUAUCGUUGUGCAUGUCUUCCAGAAAGAGAGUUUAUCGAUGCAUAUCGAAAGAAUGAUACGAUUCUAACAACAACAUUACUCUCAACUAGUAUUAGCAAAGAUGUCGCUCAACGAUUUCUUCUUGGUGCUUCUGAUAUAUCCUUAGCAGUUCUUUGGAUCUUCAAUCUCAAUGAUACGAAUCAACGUUCAGCACUCAGUAUUAGCAGCAUAUCUCAAUACGAAGAUGAAGAAGAAAUUCUGAUUUUACGUUACAUUCCUUUUAUAAUCACAUCUGUUGUUAAACAAGAUGGUGCAAUGACAGAGAUUUACCUUACACAAUGUUCAGAAGAUAUAUCUGAUCUAAAUCAACCAACAACAAAUAUGAUACAUUCAUUUCCCAUGGACGAUUCGGGAAGUGAACUUGAAUUAACUGAAUAUGAUCACAAUGAUCAACCUGUAUUCUCGAUAACUUGA